AUGGAAAUCGGCAUCUCUUUCUCGGGAACUUUUCAGGAAGGUCAGAAGCAGUGAAGCUCCAAGUUCCACCUGCAGAGAAAGUAAGACUUCCAUCUUGGGGUUUUGCCUGCGGGGCAUUAAGGAGGCGGGGCAGAGGCAAAUGAGGUCACAGAACCUCUGGCUUCAGCCAAUGAGAAACCACCAGGAAGCAGUGGGCUGUUGUUUUUUUCAAACCAUAACAGCCAGUUGGAAGGUCUCCUCCUCCUCCUUCGGGAGGCGAUCCCAACUUGGCUGAAGGCAUCUAGCCAUUUCCAUGUUCUGGACGCAGGCAGUCAGAGCAGCCCAACUGAUAUGGACCAAGGUCUUCUGGACAGGCUGGGGCGCCAGGGCCUUGGGGUUUGGGGCCAGCCGCCGAUUUUCAACGACAUCUCCCAUCUGGCAGCUACAACGUCAACGUCUCCGGCACCUGUCCAUCCAUGAAUACCUGAGCAUGAAGCUGUUGAAGGAGGCCGGUGUUUCCGUCCCGUAUGGCUUGGUGGCGAGGACACCAGAAGAAGCUUACAAAGUGGCAAGGAAGAUCGGCACCAACGACUUGGUGGUAAAGGCCCAGGUGGUCGCCGGGGGACGAGAAAAGGGAGUCUUCGAAGGGGGCCUGAAGGGGGGUGUGCAGAUUGUGUGUUCUCCAGAGGAGGCUGAGGAGGUGGCCGCCCAGAUGAUCGGCAAGAGGCUCUUCACCAAGCAGACGGGCGAAAAAGGACGGAUCUGCAACCAGGUUUUUAUCUGUGAACGCCGUUACCUGCGGAAGGAGUACUACUUCGCCAUCACCAUGGAGAGGGACUUCCAUGGACCGGUCAUCAUUGCCAGCUCUCAAGGUGGCCUCCAAAUUGAAGAUGUGGCGACCGAGAAGCCAGCAUCCAUCCUGAAGGAGCCGGUGGACAUCGUGAUGGGCCUCUGCAUGAGCCAGGCCAUUCCAUUGGCUGAGAAGAUGGGCUUCCCUUCGCAGCUGGCAGAAGAGGCAGCGGACACCAUGGUCAAGCUGUACAACUUCUUCAUCGACUACGACGCAGUCAUGGUGGAGAUCAACCCGUUGGUGGAGGACUCCACCGGGAGGGUGAUGUGCAUGGACGCCAAGGUCAUUUUCGACAGCAACUCGGCCUUCCGUCAGCAGAAGGUCUUCGAGCUGCAGGAUUGGACCCAGAUGGAUGAGAAGGAGAGACAGGCAGCCAAUGCGGAUCUGAACUACAUCGCGUUGGAUGGGAACAUCGGCUGUCUGGUCAAUGGGGCGGGCUUGGCCAUGGCCACCAUGGACAUCAUCAAGCUGCAUGGAGGUGCACCGGCCAACUACCUCAGUGUGGGCGGAGGGGCCACGGUAGAGCAAGUCACCGAGGCCUUCAAGCUGAUCACCGCUGAUGAGAAAGUCCAGGCGAUUCUGGUCAACAUCUUUGGCGGGCUCAUGCGCUGUGACGUCAUCGCACAUGGGAUUAUCAUGUCCGCUGAAGACCUGGAGCUGAAGAUCCCCAUUGUGGUGCGUUUGCAGGGGACCCGGGUGGCUGAUGCCAAAGUCCUGAUCGCCGAGAGCGGCUUGAAGAUCCUGGCUUGUGAUGAUCUGGACCGGGCGGCCAUGAUGGCUGUCACGCUUGCCGAGAUCAUGAGGUUGGCGAAAGAGGUGGACAUUGAUGUGAAGUUUCACUUGCCCUCCUGAGACACCACGGACACCACGGCCGCCAUGGAGGGCCCGUUCCCGAGCACAGCUCCCUCCCCCUUCCUCCGUCCUAUUUGGGGGUGGGGGGCAGCUUAGGUUUGCCCUCACACUCUGCUCAAUUUCAACAUGGCCACUCUGCAAAUAUCCCGUGGUUGCCCUUGUUUGCAAAUUCUUGCCAGAGAACCUGGAAGACGAAAAUAUGUUGCCUGCUAAUAAAGUCUGAGUUUAAAGAAA